CGAGAAGUCUUAAGAGAUGACUGCUCAGAUGGAGAGACUAGAGAAGAGAACAAGCUGUCGAUUCCUAAGGAGAAAAUUUCAGAAGUACAUUCAUACAAAGUGAUAGUAGGAAGACUCAAACACAAUAUUACCUAAGUAGAGACUAGAGAAGUGUAUAAGUCUGAGGACAGAUCAGAAGGGCUUCAGGAAAUUCUAAGGAAAUUACCUGGAAAGUGUAGCCAAAUAGUGAUCAGCAAAGAAACCUUCACCAGUGAGAAGAACAAUGAAUGUAAUAAACCUGAAAAAAGCUUCAGUCUGGACUCUACUAAUGAUGCAGAUCAGAAAGUUCUUAGAAUACAGAAUACUGAUGAUAAUGAUAAGAAUGACAUGAGCUUCAACCAGAAUUCAGCCUCUGGUAUACAUGAACACAUAAAUCUAACACAGGAUUUUCAGAGUAGUAAAUGUAAGGAAAGCUUAAUGGAUCUCUCCCUCCUUAAUAAAUGGGACAGCAUCCCUAACACUGAGAAAUCCUAUAAAUGUGAUGUAUGUGAGAAAGUUUUCCAUCAGAGCUCAGCCCUUACUAGACAUCAGAGAAUCCCUACUAGAGAGAAGCUCCACAAAUGUAAAGAAUGUGAAAAGUCUUUCAGUCAGAGCUCAAGUCUUAGUCAACAUAAAAGAAUACACACUAGAGAAAAACCUUACAAACGUGAAGCACCUGAUAAAUCCUGUGAAGCGUCUGACAAAUCCUGUAGUCCAAGCUCAGGCAUAAUUCAACACAAGAAAAUUCACACCAGAGCCAAAGCUUACAAAUGUAGCAGUUGUGAAAGAGUCUUCAGUUAUAGUGUCUACCUUACUCAACAUCAGAAAAUUCACAAAGAGAUGCCCUGUAAGUGUACUAUAUGUGGCAGUGACUUCUGCGAUACUUCAUACCUGCUUGAACAUCAGAGGGUCCACCAUGAAGAGAAAUCCUAUAAGUAUGAUGAAUAUGGAUUGGCCUAUAUUAAACAAGGAAUUCAUUUCAGAGAAAAGCCCUAUACAUAUAAUGAAUGUGGAAAAAACUUCAGAUUGAAUUCACAUCUUAUUCAGCAUCAAAGAAUUCACACAGGAAUGAAACUGCAUGAAUGUUAUGAAUAUGGAAAAGCUUUCAGUCAAACCUCAUGCCUUAUUCACCAUCAAAUAAUGCAUAGGAAGGAGAAAUCAUAUGAAUGUAAUGAGUAUGAGGGCAGUUUCAGUCAUAGCUCAGAACUUAUCCUGCAACAAGAAGUCCUCACCAGACAGAAAGUCUUUGAUUGUGAUGUACGGGAAAAGAACUCCAUUCAGAGAGCACACUUCGUUCAAUGUCAGAGCAUUCAUACCAAAGAGGACUCAUGA